UGAUGAGGCCUCCGGCCUGCAGGGGGCGGCAGCGGCACGAGUCGCGUUGUGGAGCGGGAACCCGGAAGCGCUGUUUGUUUUCAGAGUGAGAGCUGACAGCAGGAUGCUUCAGUGAAGCAGGGAAGCCAUGGCAGACGAAGCGCCGUUCCAGCUCCUCCACAGCGAGCUCAUCCACUACAUCUACCAGAGCGAGCACGGCGCAGACACGCAGGACAAUGCCAGAAACAUCACCAAGCUGGAGGCCAUGGGCUUCAGGGUGGGCCAGGGACUCAUGGAGAGAUUGACCAAAGACACGGCGCGGUUCAAAGACGAGCUGGACGUCAUGAAGUUCAUCUGUAAAGACUUCUGGACGUGUGUGUUCAAGAAGCAGAUCGACAACCUUCGAACCAAUCACCAGGGGAUCUACGUUCUGCAGGACAACAAGUUCAGGCUGCUGGGGAGUCUGUCGGCCGGGAAGCAGUACCUGGAACACGCCCCCAAGUUCCUGGCCUUCAGCUGCGGCCUGGUGAGAGGAGCGCUGUGCAGCCUGGGAGUGAGGAGCAUCGUGACCGCAGAGGCCGCCGUCAUGCCUGCAUGUAAAUUCCAGGUGAUGAUCCAGAAGAGUUGACGGCCUCAGCAGGUGUUGGCCUUCAUCCAGAUUAUAUAGAACAUGGCUUAUAUUGGAAUUUAACACAUUUGGUUUGUGCUUCAUUUAAGAAACUUGACUCUUUUUUUCAUUUCUGUUUGAGUUUAAUGUCAAAUUGAAACACUGAAUCAGUGCUUCCAGAACAUGUGGAUCAGUCAUGAUUAGCAGCUCUGCCUGUCUGUGGUUCACUGUAUUAUUUCAUAUUUAAUGCAGGAAUGAGGCUAAACAGUCAGGUGUCAGGUAACAGAGUGCAUUGUGGUUGGAUUCAGUAGCAGAUCUUUAUUAGAAGAAGGGUUAUCAAUAUCAAACAGCUUGGUUGUAAAUAUUUGAAGAGACUAAAAGUUGUUUUCUCUGGUGUCAGGAAUUCUGAUAAAAAGAAGGAAGAAAGAGUUGAGAGACAGUGAAGAGAUGCAAGUGUGAAAGCAGGCUAAAGCCUGGGAAUGGACAUGUCUGAAAAACUGAUCUCACAUCCGGAGUUUCACUGAGACUCCGUCUGUUAUGUCUCUUCUCCAUUUCUUUUGUUGUCUGCAGUGCCUGUUUCAGCACUUUUUGCCAAUAAACUGCCGUGAGAAGCCAGCACCGGU